AUGUUCAAUUUGUUCUCCCGGCAUCUUCAGCAGUUGGUGAUGCUGGUGCACAGUGUGCCCCAACGGCGGUUUGGUACCCUCAGUACAAGAUUAUUAAAAGCACUGGCAGACUCUGUGCUUGUGAUCGGCUCAUCCGCAUGGCGCUUUCUUCAGCAAUCAUUCGGCGCCCUUCAUCACCUUCUACGUUUGCUGUGUUCUUUCCUUCCGCGCUCUCCGACAAAUGUUGUGGACUCUGAAGCACAACCCCGUGACCAGAACCUGGAUGUCGUAACCAAGAAUCAAUGCCCCCUUAACCUUGAGCUACCAGACACACCUACCUGCGGUCUCGAAGCUCCUAGCAUCAAGUGGCUUCUGGAGACAUCUACGGAUCCUGAAGUAUUUUUCGUCACUGCUGGCCUUGUUCCGCAGGUCCAAUGGCCUCUGGAUCUUGACGUCUCCGACACCCUGCGUCAGCUGUGUGAUAUUUACACAAGCUGCUUCGACGUGCAUGGGGAGAUUGUGCCCUCGUUGACGGAGAAGGCAUUGUCAUCUACGAUGGCUCUGAGUCACUUAUACUGCGGACGCGUGCUUCAGGCAUAUCCAAGCCGUGGUGAAUAUCUUGGCCAAAGGAGAGACGACUUUACAGUGUUUUAUGAAAUGUUGUCCAGGCAGGAUGCACAAGCCUACGAGCUUGCCCUGACAACCAAACUUUCUUUUUCUCCUAGGAUACGUGCAUUUCCUUCAGGGUUGGAAGAUUGCCCUGAUUCCGUCCCCGAGUGGCUUUCACAUAUUCUUCCUUACCACUUUGUUACUGGGCAAGUGGACAAAGACGUCGAAACACUUGCCAUGACAGUCGUAUCAAAGCUGCUAUGCUCUCCAUACUCUCCAUCGCCUCAAAUCAUAGCCAUUGCACUCUUCUUGCUUGCAUCAUGUUCUGCUCUUCGUCAACUCGGCCCAUCUCUUUUGGCGCAGUUUCGACAAACACUCUGGACAUGCGAUGGAGGCAGACAUAGCACAGGAGUUGCACGCCGAGCAUGGAACCUCCUCCAUGUCAUUUGUCGCAUGCUUGAGCUUGCCCGAGCUGAUGUACCUUCAUUCCAAGAGGCGUUUAGGCAGAAUUUGGACAUGUGCAGGAAGACUUUUUUACAAGCGAGGUCGUCCGAACAGAAUGAUCCCUCGGGUCCAAUGGCACCUUUGCGGCACAUGCUGCGCUUCACGCUCACUACUGCCUGCCCAUCUUUUGACCCUAACCCCUUGUGGAUUGAGGUUUGGUGGACAGGAAACUCCUCACCAGAAGACUUUAACUGGCUAGUAGACUACCUCAACGAUGUUUAUUCCAACGACUACGAGAUAGCAGGUGACAUCCUUGUACUACUGAGUAGUAUGAGAGUGAGCUGCAGCCCCGCUAAACAACAUCUGUUCAUCAAGAUCCUCAUUGCCUGUAUGGACAGCAGCAUGCCUUAUCGUUUACGCCAUGCUGCCAUUCGCGCUGCUCACAGUUCCUGUGAAAUCUUGGCCUCCAUCGAUGCCGUUGAUUAUGGAGAUAUGGUUUUAGCCAAGCUCUCCCCUGCUAUCCUGUCCGCGGUUUUUCCACGACCAGGUGCAACAUCCGGCGAUGAAGAUCCUGACCGGCCCUUCAAUAUUAAGCGCGAUUCGUGCUAUCUCGAAUUGGUCUUUGCCCUCGCGAGGAAUCCAAACUGGCGCCCCCAUUUAUUUGAGGCUCGCCACAUCGAUCGGUGCAUUAGUAUGAUCCCAAAGUGCUGUAACAUAUUCAUGCCGCAGGCGUUCUAUCUAGCUGGUAUCUUCCUCCGAGUCAUACCUGAACAAUCGUCGGUUACAUCGCUCGAUUCUAUCACAGAGCAGCAAUGGUGGGAUGUGAUAUGCAUGGCAUGGCCGCAUGCUUCCUCCAUAAUCGAGGAUGACAUGCACUGUUUUGAGUCCCUUCCCGUUCUUGUGGAAGGCACAAAAAACUAUAUACACAUCGCUUCAAAACCUAGUCUCAAGUGGCUCAUGAGAGAUGUGGAUAGUGUUCUUAACACGUUGAGGAGACGUUAUUCAGAGCAGGGAGAGGAGGUCGCCGCCGGUGUGAAGGAGUUGAGAGGUGUAGCCAAUGGCAUGUUUCUGAAGUACAGUCAAUAA